CAGCAAGCCCCUACGACAAAUUAGACACCGACACUCUUUCACGACGUCCGCAACCCCCUCAAGUUGGAAAUCCGAAUGCGCGAAAGACAAUUCUCACUACCAACCCACGAACAUCAUGGCCACCAGAACCCAAGCGCUCCAAACUUGACCACACAUUCUCCAAGAGCUCUGCUAGGCAGGUUCAUAAUACGCGCAUCACAAACAACACCCGUGCUCCCUUAAGACAUACAGGACAUUUAGAUGCUGAGGUGCAAGUCAUCGACCGAUCUUGUAGAAUGAAGAGUACACCUGCGCACCACAUGCAUCCCGCUGGUCAAGAGGUUGUAGUACUGUCAGAUGAAGAGGAUAUUGGAGUACCUGUACAUCGUCCUCUUCCUUCGUCGUCUUCACCAGACCCUAUGAAUCUUCAUCCUCAUCCUUUCCAGACCUUUCCAGGUGGCCCGCAAUAUGCUGACUCCAGGAAGGGCAAAGGAAAGGAUUCCUCUCCCACCACACAAGCUUACACCGAGGUUGUGUCUGAUCAAGUUGAUGAUAUUGAAGACUUUCCGUCGGAGGCAGGCAACGACCGGCCUUUGCCCCCUCGGAAACCUCGAUCGCAGCCAGCUGCAAUACUUACACCCAUACCGCCUGGUGUUGUCAGCAAGAAUCGCAAAGUGUUCGAGGAUCCAUUCAUUGAUUUACGGGGGCGAGAUGCACUCAGCGGCGGCCCCGGAAUUGCGAAGAAUAUGAAACCCAGGAAAACAACCAAGUUUGAUCAUAUUACGACGUCGUCCACGCAAUUCACAUCCAAGGAGCUUCCUCGCACGAAGGGCCCUCCCCGCACGAAAGGGCCUCCCCGCACGAAAGGCCCUCCCCUGACGCUCCCUUUGCAAGCAUGGGCAAUUGGUUUGAAAAUAUUCAGUGCAGAAGAUGGUUCCGAACCCCCUCUCUUUGUGUAUGACCCGACGAGCAGACAUCUCAAUGUGGCCUCUUACCAGUUCCAACAUAAUUGGUUUGACAACGUAAUAUUGACGAUGAGAAAUCCUUGAAAGACAAUGUAGUCAUACAGCUACAGAUGGGGAGAGACUGCGAAGUUCGUGAUAACGGUCAUUCAAUAAGCGAGUUUUUUACACCUGGACAGAAUCGCGGACAUGGGAGCCUUACUUUCUUUUUCAGCACGAACGAAGC